AUGCGCACGACCCGCCUUCUAUGGGGCCUCAAAGUUUCCAUGAUCCGCAAUUUCGUUCCUUUAACUUUACUAAUCCAGUUAUUUUUGUGCCACCGAUCAGCAUUUGUAGACAUUUCUCGGCCCACAGUUGUCUGCUCACGAAUACUCUCUUGUAAAAGUGGUUCUGAACUUAGAUUGUUCGAUCAUCCUAAAGUGGAAGUCAAUAGGAAACGCGUUAUAUCGACAAGAAGUAGUGCAAACAUUGCAAGGAGUGCAGGAAACAACGUCGGACAUGAAUUCCUUGAUGGAACAGAGAAAGCAAGGACGUCUUCAAGUAAAUUCGCAUUGGAGAAGUUUGGAAGCAUAAUAUUUUCUGAUGCCGAGCAAACGGUUCUGGGGGGCAAGCUUCAAAUCAACAUCCGCUGCUCGGUGGAUAUUCCCUCUGAUUGGCUAUUCCUUGACACACUUCCAUUAGCCAGAGAAUUGAGGAGAUCCAAUGGAUUGAAUGUUCCUUCAAAAGCCUCUCUCCAAGGUCUCCGCGAGUAUUAUGAGAUUCCAUUACAAGGUUCAGCACACAGAGCCAUGGCGGAUGUGCACUUAUUGACAGAGAUCCUAGAGAGGUUGGCUUGUGACCUUAAUCUUACAAUCAGUGACCUGCUGGGAAGGGCUUUCAAGGCUUCAGAUUUAAUUUACGAAGAAAAAAAAGGCUGA